UAUUUAAUUUGAGCAGCACCCACAAGCCUGCAUUCAAUUUCCUCAUCGAUCCAGGACUUCUCUAGCUCUAGCCGGCACUCAUCAAUCAGAGAUUCUUGAGGAAGAUUAGAAAAAAGUGGUGGCAAUGUCGCUAAAAAAUACUAGCAGUUUAUACAGUGUGAAGGUGGAAGAGUCGAGGGCGGCAAGCGAUGGAAAACCAUCGGCAGGGCCUGUGUAUAGGGGGAUUUAUUCGAAGGAUGGUUUGCUUGAGGUGCCAGAGGGAGUGCAUUCUCCAUGGGACUUCUUCAGCGAUUCUGCAAAAAAAGUUCCCAAUGUCCGUAUGCUCGGCCGACGUCAAGUCUCCGAUUCAAAGCAGGUGGGUCCUUAUGUAUGGCUCACAUAUCAGGAGGUUUAUGAUGCUGCCGUGCGAAUCGGCUCUGCCAUUAGGAGCCGUGGUGUUGAACCAGGAAGCCGUUGCGGAAUUUAUGGUUCCAAUUGCCCCGAAUGGAUCAUUGCAAUGCAGGCAUGUUGCAGCCAGUCUAUGACUUAUGUACCUCUAUAUGAUACCCUUGGUGCCAAUGCUGUGGAGUUCAUCAUCAACCAUGCUGAAGUUUCAAUAGCAUUUGUCCAAGAAAAUAAUAUCCCCUCGAUUCUGUCUACCCUUCCAAGAUGUUCUGCAAAUCUAAAAACUAUUGUCAGCUUUUCGCAUGUAUCUGAAAUGCAAAAGAAGGAAGCUGAAGAAUUUGGUGUAUCUUGCUUUUCAUGGGAGGAAUUUUGUCAAUUGGGAGUUCUAGAUUGUGAGCUACCUACAAAACAGAAGACUGACAUUUGCACGAUAAUGUAUACAAGUGGAACAACGGGAGAACCAAAAGGUGUCAUUCUUACUAAUGGGGCUAUUAUGGCAGAAGUAUUAUCUGUGGACCAUCUACUCUUUCUUACAGACACAGUGGCUUCUGAAGAAGACUCGUAUUUCUCAUUCCUUCCAUUGGCCCAUGUAUUUGAUCAAAUAAUGGAGUUAUACUGCAUGUAUAGAGGUUCUUCAAUAGGAUUUUGGCGAGGCGAUGUUCGAUACUUGAUGGAGGAUGUUCUGGAACUAAAGCCAAGUAUAUUUUGCGGGGUUCCUAGAGUAUAUGACCGUAUAUAUGCUGGUAUAUCUAGUAAAAUUUCGUCUGGAGGUGCAUUGAAGAACAAGUUGUUCCAAUUUGCAUAUAACUAUAAGUUGGGAAAUCUGGAGAAGGGAUUUCCACAAGAUAAAGCUGCUCCUCUCUUUGACAGGCUUGUCUUUGAUAAGAUAAAACAAGCACUAGGGGGACGGAUUCGAAUCAUGUUAUCUGGUGCAGCACCUUUGCCUAAACACGUUGAGGAGUUCUUUAGGGUCACCAGCUGCUCCACUUUAUCACAGGGAUAUGGUCUUACUGAAAGUUGUGGUGGGUGUUUUACAUCCAUAGCCAAUGUACUUUCCAUGAUGGGAACUGUUGGGAUCCCCAUCACAACCAUUGAAGCAAGACUUGAGUCAGUGCCAGAGAUGGGGUAUGAUGCACUCGGCAGUGUCCCGCGUGGAGAGAUUUGCCUGAAGGGGAAAACAUUAUUCUCUGGAUACUACAAGCGAGAAGAUCUUACUAAAGAAGUCUUUGUUGAUGGGUGGUUUCAUACAGGUGAUAUUGGAGAAUGGCAACCUGAUGGAGCAAUGAAAAUCAUUGACAGGAAGAAGAAUAUAUUUAAGCUGUCUCAAGGCGAGUACAUUGCUGUGGAGAACCUUGAAAGCACGUAUUCUCGUUGUCCUCUUAUCACAUCGAUUUGGGUCUAUGGUAACAGUUUUGAGUCCUUUCUUGUGGCCGUUGUCGUCCCUGACAAGAAAUCUCUUGAGGACUGGGCAGCUAACCAAAGUCUUACUGAUGAUUUUACUUCACUGUGCAAUAACACAAAGGCCAGGAAGUAUAUUUUGGACGAGCUCAAUAGCGUUGGUCGGAAACAUCAACUUAGAGGAUUUGAGUUGUUAAAAGCUGUUCAUUUGGAUCCAAUUCCCUUUGACAUGGAGAGAGAUCUGAUUACUCCAACAUUUAAACUGAAAAGGCCACAGUUGCUUAAAUAUUACCAGGACUGCAUUGAUAAACUCUAUAAUGAAGCAAAGGGAUCAAAGGCGUAAGAGCAGCUGUUCUCUCUUCGAACCUAGAUCUCGAUACCACAAUUUACUCAAAACCUUCGUUUCAUUUUGUUGUUACGCGAGAACUGUAAUGGCAAAAUAUUAUUACCUAAGUAGCUUUGAUGUUGUUCCUGUGAUGUUUGUAACAUAAAUAAUGUUGCAGGAAACACUCGCAUAAGAGUCUCUUAAUAGAUUUUAUAUUUUACUUACAAUUUACAACAUCUCUUUUUAAUAAUAACUUUAUUAAUAUCUCUA